GCUUUCUCACUAGCAGAAGACAGAGCAGCAACCACCCAUCAUCGUCUUCACUCCCAACCGUUCAAUUUCCAUCUCCCUCUCUAGACCAAGGCCCGGCGAUCAGUUCCGUGAAUGGAGCAUCUUCUGGGGCUCUUGAGAAUCCAUGUUCACAGAGGGGUGAAUCUCGCGAUCCGAGAUAUCCGGAGCAGCGAUCCUUACAUCGUCAUCCGAAUGGGCAAACAGAAACUGAAGACUCGGGUGAUCAAGCAGAACACGAACCCGGAGUGGAACGACGAUCUAACUCUCUCGAUCACCGACCCGAGCCUCCCCGUAAGAGUGUUGGUGUACGACAAGGACACCUUCAGCCCGGACGACAAGAUGGGGGACGCGGAGUUCCACAUCAAGCAGUUCCUGGAAGCCCUGAGAGUGCCGACGGACGGAGUCCCGAGCGGGUCCGUGAUCGCCAGAGUGCCGCCCAGCCGGGACAACUGCCUGGCCGAAGAGAGCUGCAUCGUGUGGAGCGAGGGCAAGGUGGUCCAGGAUAUGGUCCUCCGGCUCCGCAACGUGGAGCGCGGGGAAGUCCAGCUGCAGCUCCAGUGGAUUGAGGUUCCUGGUUCCAGGGGAUUGUAGAAGUGGCCAGGCCUUUGCUGUAUGUUAUGUUAAUACGGCUCUUGCUAAAUGAACAGAGGAUGGACUUUCUCUGUACUCUGCUACUGAUUGAAUGAAGUUUUAUUUUCGGAUUUCUU